AUGUCCCUGCAGCUCUCCACGCUGCUCAGCACGCCGUACGCCCCGGGCUUUGUGUACCUGCACCACCCGCACACCCCAUCGGCCUCUGCCAUCCCUCCACCGCCUGCCGGGGGCGCACACGCGCAGAUCUCAGCGAUAGAGUACAACACGGCCCGACUGCUCUAUACGGCUCUGUUAUAUCGGCUCGCAGAGGCCUCAGGGGGCGUAUGGGCGGCUGGGGAGGUCCGGACGUGGGAUGGGUUCGCGAGGGGUUUGAGGACGCUUUGGAGGGAUAGAGCGGGGCGGGCUUCGGGCUCGGGCAGCGGGGAGAGGGGUGAUGGAGGGAGGGCGAAGCUGAGUCGUAAGGGAAAGGAGAAGGAGGUACUGCCUGUACCAGCCCCCGAGGUUUUGGAGGGAGGAGCGCAGGAAGGGAACUGGGUGGUGGUCAUCACACAUGCGGAGCGCCUACCUCGAAUCCUAGGAGCUCAGUGGGCGGUCCUUACUCGAAUAUCCGAGCUGGCCGAUAUCCCAAUCACCCUCCUCCUCGCCUCCCAAACCCCCUGGGACACCCUCCGACCCCCUGCCUCAGACGCCCCAGAACCUGUCCAUAUAUACCUGCCCUCACCCACUCGGCCAGAAAUACAAUUGGCGCUGUUAUCCGCCAGCUCUCACCCGCUCUGGCCGCACUUUCUCAAUCUGUUCUUGGCGACUUUCUACCCGCUCGUCCAUGGCCUACAGGAGCUGGCUUAUCUGGCGGGACCGCUCUGGGAGAUCUACACGGCUGCGCUUCCGCCGCAUGCCGAGUCGGCUCUUCUGAUGGCGACGCAUAAGAGUUCAGGGGAACGUGAAGGAACAGAAGGGGAGGGGGAGGAAGACGGACCCUCUCACCUCCCACCCAAGGCGCCAAAACUCGAAAUCACAGUCAAACUCCUCACUGACCUCAAAUACGCCCUCUCCCUCCCCCUCACCCUGGCGAUUGAACACCUCCUCCCCCGUCGAAUCUCACCACGGGAAUUCGUCCACUUCCUCCGGCCCUCCCCGGCCGGUACUGCGCCCACCGACCCGCGCGCCCUUCUCGCCGCACGAGCGAAGAAGGGGAUCCCGAAACUCCCCGGACUGGAUAUUCCGGUGGUGGGGCGGUAUCUGAUCGUAGCGGGGUACUUGGCGGGUCAGAAUCCGGCCAAGAGCGAUUUGAGGUUGUUUGGGAGAGGGAUGGGGGUGGAUGGGAAGCGGAAGAGAGGGGGCGGGACGCGACGUGCGGGAUACGGGAAAGUGAAGGUUGGGAAGGUGCCGCAGCGCCUACUCGGUCCAAAGGCUUUCCCACUGGAUAGGUUGCUCGCUAUCUUCUCGUCGCUAUAUUCGGAACAUGCGGAACGUCCGCCGGAUCUCAUGCCUGCUCUGAAUGAGGGAGACGACUAUGAUGACAGUGGAAAUGACUCGUCCUCUUCCUCUGGCGACUCAUCAAUGGACGAUGAAGAACAAUCAUCAAGGCGGAAGAGGAAGAAGAUGGGGGCGAACGGAGGGGCGGUAGGGGACAGUAUGGUCGAUCGUCAGCGGAAGCGGGUGGAGCGGAAACGUAGGAGGGAUAUAGUAAGAGAAGAGAGGUGGGAAGAGGAGGUGGAGGCGAUUUGCAUGUCCGCCAAACUGUGGAGUCUGAUACCCGAGCUGGAAUCGCAGGGUCUGUUCCGCCGCAUCUCUCCGCUUGAUCGGCUGGAUAAUGUCAUGUUGAGGUGUGAGGUGGAUUAUGAGGCGGCAAAGGUGAUGGCGAGGGAGAUGAAGGUGACGCUGGACGAGUAUCUGUAUGAGGCGCAAGCGUAG